GGCUGAGCGCGUUUGAGUCACAUGACCCGCAGCGCAGCAGAUUUGAAUUGUUUUCGUGUCGUUUGAAUGCGGAGCAGGACGGAAUCGUGAGUUUUCAGAGAGACUUUGAGGUGUGAUCCGGAUCAGAUGGAAGGGAUGGACCGUGGAGCAAACAGCGGUGUGUUCUUUCUGCCCGAUGAGAAGUUUGACUUUGAUGUUUCUCUGUCACCUGCCAGCUCCAGAGGUGAUGAAGACGAGGACGACGUGUUUGUGGACCAAGAGAAGCGUGUCUCUGUUAACGUGGCGUCGCGGCUGGAGAUCGGAGGUGGCGGCGGCGGCGUGCAGGCGAGCUGGAGCCCGCUGACUGGAGAUCAGCUGGAGGCCAUGUGUCAGGAAGCCCACAGAGUGGCCGACCAGCUGCAGAACAGCGAGCCGAGUCCGCCGCACGUCCCGGACGACCGGACCGCCGCCAACGUGAUCACAGACUCCACGACCAACAGGGAACAGUUUGUCCAGGACGCUGACGCCAAACUGGACCUGUUUGGUCAGCCAGCCACGGCGCUCAGCCCCGUCAAACGCCAGACCUUCUGUGUGCAGGACAGUCCCAUGAAGCAGCUGCCGCCCGCCAUCCAGCGCCGCCUGCAGAGAGGAAGCAGCUCCACCGCAGCUCCAUCCACCCGCUCUGCUUCAUCCACCGCAGCUUCAUCCACCCGCUCUGCUCCAUCCUCCCGCUCUGCUUCAUCCACCGCAGCUUCAUCCUCCCGCUCUGCCUCCACCGCCAGACUCAGCACCUCCAGCUCGGAGGCGAAGCCCAGGACGGCGCUGCGAGGGAAGGCCGUGCUGGGCGUCGGCGUCGUGCUGCCGAGCAAACUGGCCGUCCCUUCAACUUCCUGUUCGGGCAACAAGAGCAGAGUGGAGAGAACCAGACUGCAACCGCCGAGCAAAGCGGCGGCGGCGGGUGGGAGGCGGAGCCCGAGCUCUCGUCCAUCCAGUCGGGCGGGGUCGUACGAGGAUCUUCUCUCCGAUUCGACGAGCGUGGCCUCUGACGUCAGCGACUCCUCCCUCAACUCCAGCACGCUGGGAAAGCGCAUGUUGGCUCCGCCCACCAAGAGGAACCUAUCAGGUGUGAAAGCUCCGCCCCCUCAGAGCAGGAGGGUGACGGAGAGGAAGAACACAUCCUCGUCUUCAUCUUCAUCGCCGGCUGCAGGUAAACUGAACGCUUCUCUGAGCCGGCGUCUGAGCAGCUGCGCCGGCCCCGCCCCCAGCAGCGUCAGCAGACCCGCCAAUCAGAACAGACCACGCCGCUCCACCGUCUACGCCGCCGCAGAGCCUUCCGCCGCCGCCGGCCGCCGCUCCCUGUCCACGCAGGCCAGGAAGCCGUCUGAGGCCGACAGGUCCACGCCGCUGAAGAGAGCUGAGGCCACGCCCCUCCAGCCCACACCCGCCAGAAGAGUUUCAGAGAGGUCCGCCUCCAUCCCCGCCCCCGCCUCAGCCCGGCGGCAGAGCGUGCUGAAGGCCCUCGCCCCCCCGACACCCAGUGGAGGAGUCAGAGCAGUUCGCCAUGGAGACGGUGUUUCAGGUAUUUUGUCUCCAGACGUCUCAGAGACGUUGAAGCCAAAGCGUCUGAUGUCAGCGAGCGGCGUGGACAGUCUUCCUCAGAAGCCUGCGGGUCUUCUGACGCCCUCUGCUGGCGCCUGCAGGUCGCUGCAGGUGAAGGCGCGUCGUCCUUCGGCCCUCCCCACGCCGCUGAGACGCAGGAUGUCCGCCAUCCCCUUAGCCACGCCCACCAACCAGACCCGCCCCGCAAGGCCGCCGCCCACCUCUGACUCUGACUCCGCCUCUGCCAGCAGCGCGAGCAGCUGCAGCCCCGCCCCCCCAGACACGCAGGAGGCGGAGCCUGUCGAUGCCCCGGACAUCCAGCCCUUCUGUCUGGAGGAAGAGGAGGAGCCCCCGGCUGCCCCGCCCCCCGCCGCUCCACAGCCUGACCAAUCAGAGAGCACGGAUACCGGAGAGCUGAGUCAGAGCCAAUCAGAGCCGAGCAGAAACCUGAUCGAACUGGAGACAACUGAGGAGAAGAAGAAUCAGGAGGUUCUCCUGGUGGAUCUUCCUCCUCCUGCUCUGCAGCCUCAGGAGAAGCUUCUGAUCGACCUGACCAACACUCCCGACCCGCUCCGGACCAGCAACAAGACCUGCACUACGACCCAGCUGAUUGAUCUGAGUUCUCCGCUCAUCAAGUGGAGUCCAGAAGACAAAAAGGAAAACAACAACAACGCUCUGCUCAUCAACCUGUCCUUCUGACCCGCACCUCCUCAACAACAACAACAACAACAAUAACAAUAAUAAUAAUAAUAACACUCUUACUGAAGCAGUUUGAUGUCUCUAAAUGAUGAUGAUGAUGAUGAUGAUGAUGAAGGUUUUCUGCACCUGAUUGUACUUUGAUUUGUCUCGCUGCUCUGAAUAAAUGUUGUAAAUGUUGA